AUGUCUACAACAUCGUCGUCACAAGUUGCAGCUCCCACAUCUCCCCCGCGCCCUGGGCGUCUACGGGGUCUCUCGUACCUUCGUCAUUACGCACAUGGACACGCCCACUCUCCUUCACAGGCGGCUCCGACUGUUGUUACGGCUGCUAAUGUCAACUCGAGCAACGGGAAUGCCACCACCUCUUCUCCAUCUCUAACCCAGCAACCUACAUCACCGCCAACUACAACAGCUGCUCGAGCUCGGUCAACUUCCCCGCUGAACAACACGGCGUCGAACGCGUGGCUACCCACGGUCAGCGGGGUCAGCGGCUUAUCCCGUGUGGCUUCGCAACCUUCUGCGGAGCUAUCUACAUCCACUGGGGUUGUCACUUCAAAUGGUGCGUCCAAUGUUCGUUCAGUUUCCAAUUCAGCUCCCGCCGUGCGCUCCAUUGAUGAAGCUCUGUCUACUUCUCCAGAUGCUGGCCCACCUACACAUCAACCGAACAACUCUCCCUUGGUUCGUUCACCAAGCAACACUUCUCGUGUCCCCCAGCCUUCUGAUCCAGCUGCUUCGAUACGAUUCAUUCCCCAUGUCGACACGCGCGCCACCCGUGAGUCAUUGAUUUUUACACCCAUUGAGCGUAUAUUACGGUUCAAAGAUGAGCACAUCAGGGUCGGUCGGUACAGUGAUCGUGACCAAGCAAACCCAUCCGCCCCAGUGGGGUUCAAAUCAAAGGUAGUUUCACGUCGACAUUGUGAAUUCUGGUGCGACAACGGCCAGUGGUACAUUAAGGAUGUAAAGAGUUCCAGCGGUACUUUCCUGAACCACAUAAGGUUAUCAGCGCCUGGUGUGGAGAGUAGGGCGUAUCCACUGUACGAUGGGGAUAUCUUGCAGCUUGGAAUUGACUUCAAAGGCGGGGAAGAGCAAAUAUUCCGGUGUGUGAAGAUUAGGGUCGAGUUGAAUAGAGCCUGGCAGAAGGCGCUUAAUAAAUUCAAUAUGUCUGCCCAUCGGCGGAUACGCAACUUGGCAAAGACCAACCCCAGUGGCAACAAGGCUAUAGACGGGGAUACUUCGUCUACUCAUACCUCCGAAUGCUCGAUUUGUCUGAUGCCAGUUGCACCCUGUCAAUCACUUUUCGUUGCGCCGUGUUCUCAUGUAUGGCAUUAUAAAUGCAUCCGACCUCUUGUCGAAAAGGAAUAUCCGACCUUUCUUUGUCCGAACUGCAGGGCUAUCGCUGAUCUGGAGAAAGAUAUUGAAGAUGAUGAUCUCGUGGAGGAACUAUGGGAGUCAAUGGCGGAUGUGAUGGAUCGAUUUGCGGACGAGCAGACAGGGAGAAUUACGGACGCCCUAGAAUCUAUGCAGCCAGAUUCAGGGGAAGGGGAUGCCCCGCCUAUAGAGAGUACACAGGAUGGAAAUGUUGUAGAGAGCCAGGAACCUGAGCCAGCCGGUAGCGAUGCCCCCGCACCCGCAGCGCUUCCCUCCGGGUCAACCAGCACCCCCACUAUUCACCCCGUUCCAGAGACUGCCACACCCCCGAUCGAGAUUCAACAGACACCGAGCGGCUCUUGGAGAAGGCGCGGAGAACGGGUCACGGACCUUGACCUCCGUCGGGACAGUGAACCCCACACCCCUGAGCCUGACAAGAACGGUAGUGGUAGCACAAGCAAUGGGAACGGCAGCAGCGGAGAAGGCGGUCAGGAAGGGCCAAUGACGCCAAUGAAUGAUGCUGGUCCGUUUGUCUUUGACGGCGGCGCGAUGGACAGUGCAGCGGCUGCUGUCUCACCGACCGCGACCAAUCCCCCAAAUUCUCUCGACGACAUCAACAACUCGGAUUGGAGAUCCGCUAUACCAAAUUAAUGCCCAUACUAUUUACAGGCUGCUUGCUAAGACCAUGCAAUCCUGGUCCCCCCAAAGGCCUACCGAAAAUAACCAACGAACAUACAAACAAAAGACGAGCGAACACCUUAAAAAAACGAAACGAGACGAGAAAUGCCUGAAAUGUAUUAUGACAGAUCUACCAACUUGCACUAGCGAGCGAAACGAGACAAUGCAUUGGAAAUUAAUAAAGAGCUGGAGGGAUGAGGGUAGCAAAUGGACUUGGUUGCAUCAUCAUCAUUCACAGUGGGGGGCGCGGUACUUUCUCAUGACUUCUUUUUUUCAAUACUUUUCUACGCUACAUUACUUUACUGUUCUUUAUUUUAUUUUAUUUUAUCUUUCGUUUCUUCACCUUCCCUCCUCUUUCUUUUCUUCGCAUUCAUCGAGUCCUUAAUGGAGUUUUUUUGCCGAAGUAUUUUAGGGUUGGUGGGCUUGAUUGAUUCAUGAUUGAUUGGCUAUGAUUACACGAAUGUUAUGGGAUAGGCAAUUGCUUGCCUACCUAGUUGUAAGAGAGGGAAGAAUGAGAGGAGGGUCUUUGUAAUUAGGAGGUCUCUUUUCCUU